AUGACAGAUCCCUUCUUAGCUGUCCUUCAAGGAUUACUGGAUAAUUCUCUUCCGGUGGCAGCUAUUGGAUUGCCCAAUCCGGCUAAAGAAAUCACAGCACCGGACCAAUCAGAAAAACGGAGCCCCCUUCCCUUCGCUUCCACACCAUCUCACUUUUUUUUUUUCUUUUCUUUGGGGUUGUUGGGUCGUUCCUUCUCGUCUUACAUUAUCCAGCAUCGAAGCCGUCUUACUCACAACUUACCACAUCAUCCUUCCUACCUGCCUGCCAGCAACAACAACAGACCAUCCACUUAUAGAAAAAAGAGCGAAGGCUUAGGGAAGAUCAGACUCAGACAUAAAUUUCAAUCGAAAACAAUAGUUUAUCUUAUUGCCGAUACUCCUGUCGCUAUCACUGCUAUUUAUGUACUUAUUACUGGUACCUGUUCAACUACUACUCUUGCUUACACUAAAUCUCUACUUAGUCAACAAGACACCUCUAAAAGAGCAACCACCCCGGCCCACCCCCAACCGGAACUUGCCUGGCGAAUCAGUCUCGCGCCGUUUGACUCGAUAGAUCCAUACACGGACCCAUUCCAUCUAGUCAUCCAUCUGCUUAUAAUCUAUCGAUCACCGGAUAACGUCGACGUCCGCCUUCUUCGAGUCGCGUCUUCCUACAGCAACAAAUAA